AUCAUAACUAUAGGGGGCGCUAACACCAAAACAAACUUUUUGACGAAAAACCGGUACCACCGAAGUGUAGCGCUGCUAGUUAUUGGACUUUGGUUGGUUUGAUGCUAGAAUGGAGGGAGACAAAACUGAUAUUUUGCACCAGGUGGAUCAUGCCCGAAUUUUAUUUUGGACUGCCUGUACCUGUGUCACUUUCUGUACCAUAUACACUUUCUUCUGGAUUCGUAAUCAGUUUUACAUCGAAAAACGUGGGAAGUAUGUCUUGAUAACAGGAUGCGAUACUGGAUUUGGAAACAAGUUGGCCAGGGAGCUGGACAGACAAGACUGUCAUGUUUUUGCUACAUGUUUUACUGAAGAUGGCAUUAAAAAACUGAAUGAAACUACAUCAGAAAAAUUGCAUUGUAUUCAUAUGGAUGUGCGGAAUUCUGACAGCAUAAAAAAGGCAUACAAUGAAGUGAAAAGGCUAUUGCCAUCCCAUAAAGGUCUCUCAGGAUUGGUUAACAAUGCUGGUGUCACAGGUUUAAUCGGUAUGUAUGAUUGGUGGACGAAAGAAGAGCUGCAAAAUGUAUUUGACAUCAACCUUCUUGGAGUUAUAGAUGUAACAAACACAUUCCUGCCCCUGGUCAAGAAGGCUAAAGGUCGUGUUGUGAACAUGUGCAGUAGUUUGGGAAUAAAUCCAAUUCCAAGUGGUGGAUAUGGAAUUGCGAAACUUGGGGUAGUAGCAUUCUCAGAUGGUUUAAGGUGAGGUCACAUUGUUUGCUCAAAUUUAAAUUCACCAUCCACCGGUGAUAAAAAUGGGUAAAUGUAAUGUACGAAGAUGUAAAAUGAUAUGGUCUUGUGUACCAAGUUUUAAGACAUUGGAUUGUACAGUAAUUAGAAAGAAGAGUAUUUAUUACUCUAUUUCACUCUUGAACAUAAACAUACAUAAGGCGAGACUUUUUUAUACCUUGUUUUGUGAACAUUUUUUUUAAGAUCGUCAGAGGACGGAAAAAAAAUAAAAAUAACAUUUUAUUGGUGAAUGUAAACACUGUAUUAAUGGGAUGCUUAAAUGCUUUGAAGUUAUAUAAUUAGGAAGAAAUAUACAUAUAUUAUUUUUGGAGAUUUCAAGGCAGCGGUGGGCAUAAUAAACAUUUUUUGAAACUAUUUUGUGGCAAUAGGUGUGCUCAUUGGCCAAAAAUAAAAUUUAAUUUUUAUUUGAAAUCAUGAUUAUUAGCGGACGGUGGGUUCGCUAAACAAGGUAUAAGAGUCUUGUCUAAUACAGUACAAAUAUUUUAUGUGUACUGAAUAUCUACUGUAGUUCCUUUUUACUGUAGUUCCAUUUACACCGUCUUCAAUUAAUUCAAAAUUCGGCUGCACGUCUAAUCACUAAAACUCCAAAAUAUGCACAUAUUACCAACAUUCUGAAAGAUUUACACUGGCUUCCUCUAACACACCGGAUUAUUUACAAAAUUUUGCUGAUCGUUUUUAAAUUCAAAACUGACUUGGUUCCAGACUACAUCGCAGAUAUGCUCCAUUGGUAUGCUCCUAAACGUAACUUAUGUUCUUCCAAUCAACUCCUCCUGCAUCAGCCCAAAUCUCACAAUUCCUGGGGAGACAGAGCCUUUUCUGUUGCUGCUCCACGCUUGUGGAACAAUCUGCCUUUCGCAAUUAGAUCCUGUGAGUCAAUAAAUACUUUCAAAUUGUCUCUGAAAUCACAUCUGCUAAGAGAUGCCUAUCCAACAUUAGGCGGUAAGUAGUUAGGAAAUAAGGAAUAAGAAAAGUCACGACGAUACUUGCUGUAACUUGAAUAAAUAGGUAAGGAAACUGAAUGGAUAUGAUUGUAAGGAUUGGGAAACUUGAGGUGAGAGGUCUGAUAUUUUUUUUUUCUCUAAGAAAGAAAAGGAAAAGAACAGGAAUCUUAAGAAAUAUAAUGAAAAGUAAUUGUUAAGGAAACAUAAGAAAGGAAAGAAAAGGUCACAUGAGAAAGAACAAGGUAAGAAAGAUAAGGUAACAUGAGAAAGAAAAGAGAAAGAUAAGAUAAGGAAACAUAAGAAAGACAAAGAACAGGAAACUUAAGAAAUAUA